UGCACGUGCCGCGUGUUGAAAUUCGAAACUUUUGAGUUCAGAGUGUUACAGAGGAGAGGAAAGGAAAGGAAGAGAAGCAGACGCUCCUCGUCUAGGGUUUUCAAUCUCUCUCACUGUACGUACACUCUCCUUUGAAAUUGGAAAAGCUCAGCAAUGUACAUCAAGGAGAUAUGCUUGGAGGGGUUCAAGUCUUACGCGACGAGGACGGUGGUGCCCGGGUUCGACCCGUUUUUCAACGCCAUAACAGGUCUCAACGGGUCGGGCAAAUCCAACAUCCUCGACUCCAUCUGCUUCGUCUUGGGCAUCACCAAUUUGCAGCAAGUCCGGGCUGCCAAUCUCCAAGAGCUCGUCUACAAGCAAGGCCAGGCCGGCAUUACAAAGGCCACCGUCUCCAUUGUCUUCGACAAUUCCGACCGCUCCCGCAGUCCCCUUGGCUACGAGGCCCAUCCCGAAAUCACAGUCACCCGUCAGAUUGUGGUUGGUGGAAGGAACAAGUACUUGAUCAAUGGCAAACUUGCGCAGCCUAGUCAGGUCCAGAACCUUUUUCAUUCGGUGCAGCUCAAUGUUAACAACCCGCAUUUUCUUAUAAUGCAAGGCCGCAUUACCAAGGUUUUAAAUAUGAAACCCCCCGAGAUCCUGUCCAUGCUUGAAGAAGCUGCUGGGACAAGAAUGUAUGAGACCAAGAAAGAGGCGGCUUUGAAGACACUUGAAAAGAAACAGAGCAAAGUCGAUGAGAUCAAUAAGCUUCUUGACCAGGAGAUACUGCCUGCCUUGGACAAGUUGAGGAGAGAAAGGACACAGUACAUGCAAUGGGCUAAUGGAAAUGCUGACUUGGAUCGGCUUAAAAGGUUUUGCAUUGCAUAUGAAUAUGUUCAAGCAGAGAGGAUUAGAGACAGUGCAGUGUGUGAGGUGGAGCAGGUGAAGGCCAGAAUUUCUGAGGUUGACGAUGAUACGAGAAAGACGCAGGCAGAAAUACAAGAAAUGGAAGCACAAGUGUCUAAGUUAACAGCUGAAAAGGAGGCUAGAAUGGGUGGAGAAGUAAAAACUUUGUCUGACAAAGUAGAUGCGCUUUCUCAAAAUCUUGUGAGGGAAGUGUCUGUACUGAAUAAUAAAGAGGACACUCUGGGGACUGAAAAGGAAAAUGCUGAAAAGAUUGUCAGCAAUAUUGAAGACAUGAAGCAGUCUGCAAAAGAGACGGACUUUGCUAUAAAAAAAGCUGAUGAAGGUGCGGCUGAUUUGAAAAAGAGAGCAGGGGAACUUUCUCAGAGUCUGAAUGAGUAUGAAAAGGAGUACCAGGGCAUACUAGCUGGAAAGAGUAGUGGAAAUGAUGAGAAAUGCCUUGAAGAUCAAUUGGGUGAUGCCAAAAUAGCUGUUGGGAGUGCUGAAACAGAGUUGAAACAGCUGAAAACAAAAAUAAGCCACUGUCAAAGGGAGUUGAAAGAGAAAAAUAAUCAGCUAAUGUCAAAGCGUGAAGAAGCUGUUGCCGUAGAGAGGGAGCUUACUGCUAGAAAAGAAGAUCUGGCAAAUGUUAAAAUGGCACAGGAGUCUCUUCCAUAUAAGGAGGGCCAGAUGGAAGCAUUACAAAAGGAUCGUGCAUAUGAGUUGGAGCAGGUGCAGAAGUUGAAGGAUGAAAUGCGAAAUCUUUCUGGUCAAUUAGCAAAUGUUGACUUCACAUAUCGGGAUCCUGAGAAGAAUUUUGAUAGGUCCAAGGUCAAGGGUGUAGUUGCAAGACUUAUCAAAGUGAAGGAUAGCUCCACGAUGACUGCCUUAGAGGUUACUGCUGGUGGAAAGCUGUUUAAUGUCGUUGUAGACACAGAGAGUACAGGAAAACAACUUCUUCAGAAUGGAAACCUUCGAAGAAGAGUAACAAUUAUACCUUUGAACAAAAUACAACCUUAUACUGUUCAUCCUAGGGUUCAACAUGCUGCGGUUAAAUUGGUUGGCAAGGAGAAUGCAGAAUUGGCACUUUCUUUGGUUGGUUAUGAUGAGGACUUAAGAACUGCUAUGGAAUUCGUUUUUGGUUCGACCUUUGUUUGCAAAACUAUUGAUGCUGCAAAGGAGGUUGCUUUUAACAGGGAAAUUCGCACCCCAAGUGUCACUCUUGAAGGUGAUAUCUUUCAGCCUAGUGGCCUUUUGACUGGUGGAAGCCGCAAGGGUGGGGGUGAUCUGUUAAGGCAACUGCACGAGCUGGCUGAGACUGAACAAAAACUUUUUGUGCAUCAGAAAAGAUUGACUGAAAUCGAAGCUAAGAUUACAGAGCUUCUGCCUCUUCAGAAGAAGUUCAUGGACCUUAAAGCACAGUUAGAACUUAAAUCGUAUGACCUUUCAUUAUUUCAGGGCAGGGCUGAGCAAAAUGAGCAUCAUAAGCUUGGUGAAUUAGUAAAAAGGAUUGAGCAGGAGCUUGAAGAAGCGCAAUCUGCAGCUAAAGAAAAGCAGCUUCUUUAUGAAGAUUGUGUGAAUAAAGUGUUAGUGCUUGAGAAAUCAAUCAAAGAUAAUGAUAAUAGCCGGGAGGGAAGGCUCAAAGAUUUUGAAAAGAAGAUUAAAGAAACAAAAGCUCAAAUGCAAUCAGCUUCAAAGAAUCUCAAGGGGCAUGAAAAUGAAAAAGAGAAGCUUAUUUUGGAAAAGGAAGAUAUUAUAAAGGAACUUGCAUCUUUGGAGACUCAGUUAGCUUCUUUGAGAACGCAAAUUGACAACCUAACUUCAGAAGUAGAAGAGCAGAGAGAAAAGGUAGCUUCCACAAGAAAUAUGCAUGAUCAGGCACAAUCUGAACUUAAUUCGAUUCGGAUGAAGAUGAAGGACUGUGAUUCCCAAAUUAGUGGCAUUCUUAAGGAGCAGCAAAGACUUCAACAUGAACUUAGCGAGACAAAUCUUGAACGGAAGAAAAUGGAAAAUGAGGUAAAACGAAUGGAAAUGGAACAGAAAGAUUGCUCUACGAAAGUAGACAAAUUGAUGGAGAAGCAUGCCUGGAUUGCAUCUGAGAAACAACUAUUUGGUAAAACUGGGACUGAUUAUGAUUUUGGCUUGCGAGAUCCUCGUAAUGCAAGGGAAGAACUUGAGAAACUGCAGGCACAACAGUCUGGUCUUGAGAAAAGAGUGAAUAAGAAAGUUAUGGCAAUGUUCGAGAAAGCAGAAGAUGAGUACAACGAUCUCAUGUCUAAGAAGAACAUCAUUGAGAAUGAUAAGUCUAAGAUCAAGAAGGUGAUAGAAGAGCUGGAUGAGAAAAAGAAGGAAACACUGAAAGUUACUUGGGUAAAAGUUAACAAUGACUUUGGAUCUAUCUUUUCUACCCUUUUGCCUGGCACAAUGGGAAAGCUUGAACCUCCUGAAGGGUGCAGCUUCCUAGAUGGACUUGAGGUUCGUGUUGCAUUUGGUGGUGUUUGGAAACAGUCCUUGUCAGAACUGAGUGGGGGUCAACGAUCGCUGCUUGCACUUUCUCUCAUCUUGGCAUUGCUUCUCUUCAAACCAGCUCCACUUUAUAUACUGGAUGAGGUUGAUGCGGCUCUUGAUCUAAGCCACACACAGAAUAUUGGAAGAAUGAUCAAAACUCAUUUCCCACACUCCCAGUUUAUUGUGGUUUCACUGAAAGAAGGCAUGUUCAACAAUGCUAAUGUUCUUUUCCGGACCAAAUUUGUGGAUGGAGUUUCAACUGUUCAAAGGACUGUUGCAGCUAAGCAGAAGUAGUGAUUUUGGUUGUUUUUGGAGAAUCAUGUGAAUUCGAUGUUUACAACAUGGACCUUUCUGUUGAAGCAUAUUUAUGUGAAAAAUGUGUAGGGGAAAACAUCUUGUUUUUCUGCUUUUGUAAUGCUAAUUAUGUAAAAACAAUUUCCAGCCUUCAUGUAUGUAAAAAGUGUAAAUGUAAUUGUUGCCUACUUUUUAGAUUUGUAAA